CCUCCCACCGGCGGCGGCUGGCAGGCUGCUGCAAGGCUACCGGGCGCGGGCUGCGGCGCAGGAACCAUGCUCCCGGCACUGGCUGCUACCUGGGCCACGCUCGGCCCGUUGCUUUGGGGGUGCGGGCUGGCGCUGCAGGGCGGGAUGCUGUACCCCCGAGAGAGCCCUUCGCGGGAGCGCAAGGAGCUGGACGGCCUCUGGAGUUUCCGCGCCGACUUCUCGGAAAACCGACGGCAGGGUUUCGAGCAGCAGUGGUACCGGGCUCCGCUGCGGGAGUCGGGCCCCACCCUGGACAUGCCGGUACCUUCCAGCUUCAACGACGUGGGGCAGGACGCGCGGCUGCGUGGCUUCGUGGGCUGGGUGUGGUACGAGCGCCAGGCCGCCCUGCCCCAGCGGUGGACUCAGGACCCGGGCACCAGGGUGGUGCUUCGGGUGGGCAGCGCCCACUACCACGCCUUGGUGUGGGUAAACGGGGUCCAUGUGGCAGAGCACGAGGGGGGCCACCUGCCCUUCGAGGUGGACAUCAGCAAGCUGGUCCAGAGCGGGCCCCUGUCCUCCUGCCGCAUCACCAUCGCCGUCAACAACACGCUCACCCCCAACACCCUGCCGCCAGGGAUCAUCCUCCACCAGUCAGAUACCUCCAAAUACCCCAAGGGUUACUUCGUCCAGAACACAUACUUUGACUUCUUCAACUACGCGGGGCUGCACCGGCCAGUGCUCCUCUACACCACACCCAGCGCCUACAUCGACGACAUCACCGUCAUCACCGCCCUGGACCAGGACAUCGGGCUGGUGAACUACCAGGUCUUUGUUCAGGGCAGUGAACACUUCGAGCUGGAGGUGUUUCUCUUGGAUGAAGACAGCAAGGUGGUGGCCAAGGGUACGGGAGGCCGGGGCCAGCUGCGGGUGCCGGGUGCCCACCUCUGGUGGCCGUACCUGAUGCACGAGCGGCCGGCCUACCUGUAUUCGCUGGAGGUGAAGCUCACCGUGCCCAUGGCCGCUGGCUCCAUCUCUGACUUCUACACGCUUCCUGUGGGGAUUCGCACUGUGGCUGUCACCGAGAGCCAGUUCCUCAUCAACGGGAAGCCUUUCUAUUUCCACGGGGUCAAUAAGCAUGAGGAUGCUGAUAUCCGAGGGAAGGGCUUUGACUGGCCCCUGCUGGUCAAGGACUUCAACCUGCUCCGCUGGCUGGGCGCCAAUUCCUUCCGCACCAGCCACUACCCGUAUGCGGAGGAGGUGCUGCAGCUCUGCGACCGCUACGGCAUCGUGGUGAUCAACGAGAGUCCCGGCGUGGGCAUCGUGCUGCCCCAGAGCUUCAGCAACGUGUCCCUGCAGCACCACCUGCAGGUGAUGGAGGAGAUGGUGCGCAGGGACAAGAACCACCCCGCCGUCGUCAUGUGGUCUGUGGCCAACGAGCCCAUGUCCUCCCUCCAGCCCGCGGGUUACUACUUCAAGACGCUGAUCGCCCACACCAAGGACCUGGAUCCCACUCGGCCUGUGACCUUUGUGACCAACUCCAACUAUGAAGCCGACCUAGGGGUGCUGUAUGUGGACGUCAUCUGUGUGAACAGUUACUACUCCUGGUACCAUGACUCUGGGCACCUGGAGGUGAUUCAGCUGCAGCUGGCAUCCCAGUUUGAGAACUGGUAUCGGACCUAUCAGAAGCCAAUCAUUCAGAGCGAGUAUGGUGCGGAAACCAUUGCUGGGUUUCACCAUGAUCCGCCACUCAUGUUCACCGAGGAAUACCAGAAGGACGUGCUGGAGCAGUACCACUUGAUCCUGGAUCAGAAGCGCAAAGAGUACGUGGUUGGGGAGCUCAUCUGGAAUUUCGCUGAUUUUAUGACUGACCAGACCAUAUACAGAGUCCUAGGAAAUAAAAAGGGGAUCUUCACUCGCCAGAGGCAGCCAAAAAGUGCUGCGUUCCUCUUGCGUGACAGAUACUGGAAACUUGCCAAUGAAUCCGCGUAUCAUCAGUCAGUUGUAAAGUCACAGUGUUUGGAAAACAGCCUGUUUACAUUGUAAAGCCAGAACUCUCUCUGCUUUAAGCCCAUUCUGCAGCCCCUCUUCAAGUAAGAGGGUUUCCACAGCGCACAGAGCAAGUGCUUCCUGGACUGUGUGAGAGACUGGAAAGUUCCUGGUCUGGAUAGUGUAGUGAUCUGUGAGAAGGGAACACUGAGGUGGAAAUAAAAGCUUUUGUAGUCUGGAAAUAAAGAGUUGGCUUCAGAGCAAACCAUUCAUAAGCGGAGUGAUCUGUCCUGCCAAAAGGCAUCUGAAAUCAUUUUCCUGUGUCAGGCUGUUUUCAUAGCAGUUACUGUGCAUGGAUUCCUAAGAAGUGUUUGCCUCAAUACUCCCACCAAACUCAACUCUGCGCAGGCCCAGACCAGGUAAGCCUUGAUCCAGUGAGUCAGCGUGAAGGACAAUGGCUAAGUUCCACACGAGCCUAACUCCCACCAAACUUAGAGAAAGUGGGUUUUGUGCUGGACCCCAGUCUUCACAAACUGCAAAUAAGCAUAAGAAAGGUGAGCAUUGGGUGGGGGGUAGAUAGCAUAGUGGUUAAGACUCUCAUGCCUGAGGCUCUCCAAAGUCCCAGGUUCAAUCCCCAACACUACCACCAGCCACCAGUUGAGCAGUGCUCUGGUUUAGCCUCUAUCAUAGUCCAGCAGAAAAGGCCAUCAGCCUGAUCAUAAACAAUCCCACUCAACGUGAUGACACCUAAGUCAGGGUGACACACAAGCCUUCCAGGCCUUUGUCCCCUCUAAGCACCACUGUCUGCCCUGCUCCCAGAGGAUGGCCUGUCUUCAAGAACUAUCUUCUUCUGCAGGUUUUUUUUUUUUUUUUUUCUAUUAAAGUCAGUAAACCAUACCACCCCUAAGAUUUUGGUAUUCAUCAAUCCUGGUUUUAAGUCAAAGGAAUGCUUUGGAAAAAAAUGUUCCUUUUGGUGUCAAGUGGAAGACCAUGAACCCAGAGCUCUGUCAGACAAAACUUGAUUCACUUUACUUCUGGCUGGUCCUACAUAUACCAAGCCCCUCCCCGCCAACUUUCCAGACUCUCUGAAAAAGAUAAUAAAGAUAAUCCAACAUUA